ACUUUCAGCACUUUGAUAAUGAUGUAUGACCACUUCCAUGUAGUUCCAGAACAUUUUCAUCAUCCUGAAAGAAAACUCCGUGUAGGCUGGGCAGUCACUUCCCAACCCUCACUCCCCUCGGCCCCUGGCAACCACAUGCAUGUGAAUUUACCUAUCCUGGUAUUUCAUACCAGAAUCAAGCAACAUGUGACCUUACGUGUCGCUUCCUUCACCUAGGAUGUGUGCUGGGUCACCCACGUCGUAUCAGAGAUCAUGUCAUUGUAUGAGCUGUAGCACAGCAGUUGUGUAACGAAGUUCCACAGGCUGGGGGCUGAAGCCACAGAGCGUGUGGAGGCGGGAAGUCCAGGGCAGAGUUGGUUUCUCCUGAGGGCUCUCUCCUGGGCCUGCGGACGGCUGCCCUGUCCUAGCGCCCUCACGUGGCCGCUCCUGCUCCAGCGUCCCUGGGGUCUGUGUGUCCAGUUUUCCUCUUCUUCUAAGGACGCUAGUCAAACGGGAUUAAGGCUCACCCUGAAGACCUCAUUGUAACUCAGUGUCCUCUUUAAAGACCCUGUCUCCAAAUUCAGCCACAUUCUGACCUGCUGGGGGAUUAGGGUUUUAACCUAUGAAUUUGGCAAGGGAGGCACAGUCAGCCAGUAUAUCUUGUUUACAACUUAGUUUUCCGGCUACUUUCCACUGUAGAGUUUUCCGAGCACAUGCCCCACCUUCCUUCUAGACUUUGAGCUUGAGGGCAUAGCUCACGUCUGUCCUCGCAGCGUCAGCAAGCUCUGGGUGAGCCGAGCUCUGUGCCACUGUCCAGACCCAGGACAAGCAGCGGGGUGACCGCUUUGUGGUCUGCAGCAGGCCAAGCACAGCGAACAAGGGUAAAGUGACGCAUCUCUCAGUCUUUGCCUUCAGCACCGACAGAGCUUCUAGAGAUGGAGAGCCAUCCCCCGCCUGCCGGUACAGCUGCCGGGGCCCGCAUGGCCCGUGUGUUCGUGUACGGGACCCUGAAGAGAGGCCAGCCCAACCACAAGGUCCUGCGGGACCGCACGAAUGGCUGCGCCGCCUUCCGAGGCCGGGGCCGCACGCUGGAGCCCUACCCACUUGUGAUCGCCGGCGAACAUAACAUCCCCCGUCUGCUCAACCUCCCGGGGCAGGGGCAGCGCGUGGCCGGCGAGAUCUAUGCCGUGGACGAGCGGAUGCUGAGCUUCCUCGAUGAGUUUGAGGGCUGCCCUGACAUGUACCAGCGCACGCCGGUGCGGGUCGCCGUCCUCGAGUGGGAGGGCACGCGCGGGGCCCCCGAGGACACGCCAGCCGCCGACGGGACCCUGCAGUGCUUCGUGUACAGUACGGCCACCUACUCACCCGAGUGGGCCCACCUCCCGCACCACGCCGAUUACGACUCCCAGGGCGAGCACGGGCUUCGCUACAACCCGAGGGAGAACAGAUGACCAGGGGGCAGGCCGUCGGAGCCCCGAUGAUGAGAGGACGACCUCAGCCCGCUCUGCGGGGACUCGAUGCACCAGCGUCCUAAUGCCCUUUGAAACAAAUAUUUGUAAAACGCAGCCUGUGGGAAAAGGAACAAUCUCUUGCUCAGCUGCAGCUGAUUUCCCCAAUAUCUUGACACACUGAUCACAAGACUGUGCCUGAGUCUGUCUAUCCAAUAGUGCUUUGUUGCUUGCUGCUUCAAGACCGCCAUGGACUUGAAUAGAUCGGAUAAGGAAAAUUCAGGAUUUUAAUUCCCCUAAAUGACAUUUCAAGAACUCAUAUGUCAUAUUUUUCUUUUUUUUUUUUUUGCUUUGCUUUGAUCUGAAGAUAACAUUUAAAACGUAGACUCUGUAACAGCUCAACUUUAGCCGCCUUACUGUAUAGAUUAUAACUUGCAGCAGCAAGAAGACUUUUUUAAACUGAUUUGGGUUAUCUCUCUGUAAUAAAAGAAUCUCAAGAAAAA